GCGGAUUUACUUGGAGUAGGCUUGGUCGGGCAGAUCACACUUAUCCCAUAUAAUUCAGGCGAUCACUGGGUUUUAGUUGCUAUUGACAUCGCGUUUGGGAAUGUAUACUACCUGGACUCGCUUGGAGAUAUUCCACCCUUCGAUUUGCAAGUUAUUGUGGACCAGGGAGUGAAGAUGUAUCAAGCAUCAAAGUCAAGUAGGCUGAAGUCAAAUUGGAUCAGAGUUGCGUUCUCUGCAGUGAAGGAGUAUUCAGAAGAAGACAUUUUACAAGUCCGUGAAGAAUGGAUAACAUAUGCUGCCAGCUUGCUAGGAGCAAUGGGGUGAUAUGUGGGAAGAAGCUUGUAGCAGACCAGGGUAGGAAUUUUGAGUGAAGCACCAUGGAUAUUUGACUACUAAUCAGCACUUAAAAGUGCUUGACUGUAUUACCAUGUUUUGUCAUUUUGGAUUAAACUUCUGGUCUUAUGACUUAUAUGUUAUGUCAAAGCCAUGGAAUGUAUUUUGAUGAAUUUACAAGUAACUUACAUACUUUAUGGUUCAUGGUUCAUGGAACUGCAGUAGGUUAGUCCAUGAAAAACAUCCCAAUGAUACGUGUGAUAUGUAUCAUGCA